AUGAUGUCUUAGGUAGCAGCCGUAGUGGUUGGUCCAGGAGGCUCCUAACCUAGCUGCAGACCCAGAGGAGAAGGUUAGGCUCAGACCCUCGUCCCAUUUGCCGGCCUUUGGGGUCCUCUGGCCCAGGCUCUGGCCUGCCUCUCAGACCCUGAGAGUUGUGGAGAAGCAGAAAUAACCCCAGGCUUGGCGAGAUAGAGCAGAUAGAGCAGAUCUGAGAGACAAGGGGGUGGGGGUGGGGCUUCAAAACCUGGGAAAGUGAUGGUUUCCUUUUCCCCUCCCUCUCUCUGCAAGGAUGCCAGUGAGUGGAGAACGCUUCUCCCCAACACAAAACCAGAAAUAAACCGCCUUUGGCUCUCUCCUCCUGGGUUGAGAUCUGUGAUUCAGGGGCGGCCGCCCACUCUUCCCUGGAGGGAAUGGGGCUCAAGCAACGCAGGGGUUAACUUUUCUGAAAACACAAUUAACUUUUCCCUAUCCUGCGUGGGGAGGGAGGGGUGUAGUUAUUUAAUCACUUGGGGGAUGAGGUGGUCUCAACCGAAGCUCCCUCCUCCCGCACAGACGUCCCUCUGGCAGAUCCUACGUAGAUGGAACAGAACGCGUCGUGUUGUUGGGGGGAAUUGAGAGAGAGAGAGAGAGAGAGAGAGAGAGAGAGAGAGAGAGAGGAGAAGGAAAGGGGGGGGAAAAGGUUGAUAGGUUUGUGCGCGGGUCCCUGGCGCGGGCUGCGCUCCUCCUGGGUGCUAUUUGACAAUUCCUGCCUCUGCCAUUGGUCAGUGUUGGAUCAGAUGGUUGUAUUUCCUUCUGGCCCUCGCUGGCACCUCGCCAUCCCCCCUCCGCGAAAACCCAAUCUCAGAUAUACUCCUAAUAGGCGCGGUGCUCGGACUAUAAAACACAACAAAUCAUAAAGCCGGCGCAGCAGCGGGCCGCGCGCCUCCUCCCGAUGAGCUCCUAUUUCGUGAACUCCACCUUCCCCGUCGUCACGCUGGCCGGCGGGCAGGAGUCCUUCCUGGGCCAGCUGCCGCUCUACUCCUCCGGCUAUGCGGACCCGCUGCGCCACUACCCCGCGCCCUACGGGCCCGCGCCCGGCCAGGACAAGGGCUUCGCCGCCGCCUCCUACUACCCGCCCGCGGGCGGCGGCUACGGCCGGGCGGCGCCCUGCGACUACGGCCCGGCGCCCGCCUUCUACCGGGACAAGGAGGCGGCGGCCUGCGCGCUCUCGGGCGCCGACGAGCCGCCCCCCUUCCACCCCGAGCCGCGCAAGCCCGACUGCGCGCAGGACAAGAGCGUGUUCGGCGGCGAGCCCGAGGAGCAGAAGUGCUCGGCGCCCGUCUACCCCUGGAUGCAGCGGAUGAACUCGUGCAACAGUUCCUCCUUCGGGCCCAGCGGCCGGCGCGGCCGCCAGACCUACACCCGCUACCAGACGCUGGAGCUGGAGAAGGAGUUCCACUACAACCGCUACCUGACGCGGCGGCGGCGCAUCGAGAUCGCGCACGCCCUGUGCCUGACCGAGCGGCAGAUCAAGAUCUGGUUCCAGAACCGCCGCAUGAAGUGGAAGAAGGAGAGCAAGCUGCUCAGCGCGGCCCAGCUCAGCGCGGAGGAGGAGGAGGAGAAGCCGGCGGAGUGAGGGCGCCGAGAAGGCCGGGGGCGCCCGGGGGGAGAGGCCUGUGGGCAGCCGAGGGCAUCGGGGAGCUGGAGGAGGCUCCGCGGGCGGGGGAGCCGGGGGACCCGCUCUCCUGCACGGGACGGGCGGGGCCCGGGGCUCCCCGGACGCUCCCCGCCCGCAGAGCUCUCUGGGGGUGCAGGGAGGCUGUGCAAGCCUGAGCCCACCGGCCCCCUCGGCCCCCUCCAUCCUCCCGGAACCCGCCUCGGCCUGCCCCGGCUCCCUCCCCCCGCCCCGUGAGAACUGAGGGCCGGACUCAUUCGAGGUGUCCUGGAAGCAGAGCAAAACACACUCUUGUCCGUGUGCAUCUCAUGCGGUCCCCGUUCCCCCGUGUGCACGGUUCAAUGGCAGCUUCGCAGCCCCCUCAGCGGGGGCCCCGAAGACUCCCUGACCCCAGACCUCUGGCCCCGUCCCCCGCCCCGAAGCCACUGGAAGGAGCACAUACUACCUAGAAGCAAGAAGAGGAGCCUGAGAAGAAAACAAAGUUCUAUUUUAUUAAUUUUCUAUGUGUUGUGUUUGUAGUCUUGUCUUAGCUCUCUGGACGUGAAAUACUUCUGUAAUAAUAUUAAUAUUAUUAAUAAUGAUGAUGAUGAUGAUAAUAAUAAUAAAGACAUAAAAAAACGCGCCGCUUGGUCACCUCUGCUCUCCCCGGCCACGCCCCCACCCCCGGGCCACCCUGCGGGGCCCUGGGCCGGAAACUCGGGGCGCUCUGGGCCCCCCAGGCCCGGCUGGACUCAAGUCACAGUUGAGAUAAAGGCUGGAGCCGGCCCUCUCUGAACGGCCUCUCUCGGUGCCGCCU